AUGUCGGCGGCAGCGGGAAAUCGGGAAUGUGGUAAAGAAGUAAUAGAACUGCUUUUGGAAAGAGGAGGGGAGGUCACAGAGGCGGUCAUGUCGGCGGCAGCGAGAAAUGGAGGAUGUGGCAAAGAAGUGACAGAACUGUUUUUGGAAAGAGGAGGGGAGGUCACAGAGGCGGUCAUGUCGGCGGCAGCGAGAAAUGGAGGAUGUGGCAAAGAAGUGACAGAACUGUUUUUGGACAGAGGAGGGGAGGUCACAGAGGCGGUCAUGUCGGCGGCAGCGAGAAAUGGAGGAUGUGGCAAAGAAGUGACAGAACUGCUUUUGGACAGAGGAGGGGAGGUCACAGAGGACGUUGGGUCGAAGGAAGUGCAUUUAGUAGAUCAGGGUAUAGCUAUAGAUUAG